AUGAACGUGAUCAAACUGCAAAAGAAAUUUCCAAUUCUUGAUCAAUCCGAGUUAUUUGGUCUCAUAGAAGACUUUCGGAACAUCGACAUUGAUGAGAAGGGAUGGGCAGACAAGAAGGACGUCAUUGAAAAUGUUUCCAAGAGUGGCAAAGCAUCUUAUGAUGAAGUGAGAGAAGCGCUUAAAAAUGUUUCCGUUGAUGCCUCAGGACAUGUUGAACUUGACGACUUUGUUGAAUUGAACGCCAAGUUAAAGGAAAUGAAAUCAGGAAGUGGGGCAAACGCUCCAAGCUCCGGUGUUGCAAUUCCAGGAGCAGAAAAUAGUGAAACAUUUGUGCGUAACAAGGCGAAAGUUGUGCUAGGUUCUGGUGGUAGGACUUUACAUACGAUUGAUGACGAAGAACGUGUAGAAUUCACCAGACAUAUAAACUCCGUUUUGGCAGGUGACGCAUUGGUGGGCAAUCGUGUUCCUUUCGAUUUAGAUACUUUCCAACUAUUUGAUGAAUGUACCGACGGUUUAGUGUUGUCUUCGUUGAUUAAUGACUCGGUUCCUGACACAAUCGAUACUAGAGUUCUGAAUCUUCCUAAAAAUGGUAAAGCUUUGAACAACUUUAAAUUGUUGGAAAAUGCUAAUAUUGUUUUGAACUCUGCUAAGGCUAUUGGAUGUAUUGUCGUCAAUGUUCACUCUGAAGAUAUUAUCGAUGGUAAAGAACAUUUGAUUUUAGGUCUUAUAUGGCAAAUCAUCCGUAGAGGUUUGUUGAGCAAGAUUGACAUCAAAUUACAUCCUGAACUUUACAGGUUAUUGGAAGAUGAUGAAACCUUGGAACAAUUUCUAAGAUUACCUCCUGAAAAGAUCUUGCUAAGAUGGUUCAACUACCAUUUAGCUGCGGCCGGAUGGAAUAGAAGAGUCAACAAUUUUUCCCAAGAUGUUUCUGAUGGUGAAAACUACACCAUUUUAUUGAAUCAACUUGCACCUCAAUUAUGCUCCAAAGCACCUUUACAAACCCCUGAUUUGCUGCAAAGGGCUGAGCAAAUUUUAGUCAACGCUGAUAAAUUGGAAUGUAGAAAGUAUUUAACACCAAAGGCCUUGGUAGCCGGUAACCCUAAGUUGAACUUGGCCUUUGUAGCUCACCUGUUCAAUACUCACCCAGGCUUAGAUCCUAUAGCAGAAGAAGAAAAACCAGAGAUUGAAGAAUUUGAUGCUGAAGGUGAAAGAGAGGCCAGAGUCUUCACAUUGUGGUUAAACUCCUUAGACGUGCAACCACCGGUAGUGUCACUUUUUGAAGAUUUAAAGGAUGGAACUAUUUUGUUAGAAGCAUAUGACAAAGUUAUGCCUGGUUCUGUAGAUUGGAGACAUAUCAAUAAAAGGCCAACAAAUGGUGGUGAAUUGUCAAGGUUCAAAGCUCUUGAAAAUACAAACUAUUGCGUUGCGAUUGGUCAAGCAAAUCGGUUCUCAUUGGUUGGUAUUGAAGGCUCUGAUAUUAUUGAUGGUAAUAAGGUAUUAACUUUGGGAUUAGUUUGGCAAUUAAUGAGAAGAAAUAUUAACAACACUUUAUCAUCUUUAUCUAUUAAUGGUAGAGAAGUUUCGGAUAUGGAUAUUCUCAAGUGGGCCAACACCAUGGCAGCUAAAGGUGGUAAGUCAUCGGGUAUCCGGUCUUUCAAAGAUCCCUCGUUGUCUACCGGUGUUUUUUUGUUGGACGUAUUGAACGGUAUCAAACCUGGUUACGUUGAUUAUGACAUUGUUACCCCAGGCAAUACAGAUGAAGAUAAAUAUGCAAACGCAAGGCUUGCAAUUUCCAUUGCAAGAAAGCUGGGCGCACUAAUUUGGUUAGUUCCGGAAGAUAUUAACGAAGUUAGAUCAAGGUUGAUUUUGACUUUUGUUGGAUCUUUAAUGUCCUUACGUGAAUGA